AUUUUUAUAUUUAAACCUUUUUUUUUUCUACUUUUUCAGUCCCAAACCCUAAACCCUCCGUCCGGAUCUAGAAGAAAGAAGACUUGAUAUAAGUUGAAGUAAAACCAGAGAGAGGAUCUCUCCGUCAGAGAGUUUAAUUCAUUGAAAGAGAAGAGAAGAGAAGAGAAAAAAAUGGGGAUAUUUGAGCCAUACAGAGCACUAGGUUACAUUACCAGCGCAGUUCCUUUCUCUGUUCAGCGUUUGGGCACCGAAACUUUUCUCACCGUCACUGUUGGCAAAGCUUUUCAGAUUUACAACUGCUCAAAGCUCAAUUUGGUGCUUAUUGGCCCUCAAUUGCCCAAGAAGAUUCGAGCUCUUGCUUCGUACCGCGAUUUCACAUUUGCCGCCUAUGGGAUUGAUAUUGCCGUAUUUAAACGAGCUCACCAGGUAGCAAAUUGGAGCAGACACAGUGCUAAAGUCAAUUUAAUGCUUUUAUUUGGAGGCCACAUUCUAAGCAUCGAUGUUGAUGGUAAUGUUUUCAUAUGGGCGUUUAAAGGAAUUGAAGACAAUCUUACUCCAAUUGGACAUAUCAAGCUCGAUGCCAAAUUCACUCCUACUUGUAUAAUGCAUCCAGAUACUUACUUAAACAAGGUUCUUAUAGGAAGCCAGGAGGGUUCUUUGCAGCUUUGGAACAUCAGCACAAAGAAAAAAAUUUAUGAGUUUAAGGGAUGGAAUUCGGGUAUCUGCAGUUGUGUUUCGUCACCGGCACUAGACGUCGUUGCCGUUGGUUGUUCUGAUGGAACAAUUCAUAUUCAUAAUAUACGUUAUGAUCAAGAAGUUGUUACAUAUAAACAUUCUGCACGAGGCACUGUCAAUGCCUUAUCUUUUAGCACAGAUGGACAGCCCCUUCUAGCAUCUGGAGGUUCAUCUGGUGUCAUAAGCAUAUGGAAUCUUGAGAAGAAAAGGCUUCAAUCAGUCAUAAGAGAGGCUCAUGAGAGUUCAAUUAUUUCACUUCACUUUUUUGCUAAUGAGCCUGUGCUGAUGAGUUCAUCAGCUGACAACUCAAUUAAGAUGUGGAUCUUUGACACAAGUGAUGGAGACCCUCGUCUCCUACGGUUUCGAAGUGGACACAGUGCUCCUCCACUUUGCAUCAGGUUCUAUGCCAAUGGAAGGCAUAUCCUGUCUGCUGGCCAAGAUCGUGCUUUUCGCCUUUUCUCUGUCAUCCAGGAUCAGCAGAGCAGAGAGCUGUCUCAAGGUCACAUAUCUAAGCGAGCCAAGAAAUUAAGAAUGAAGGAGGAGGAACUAAAAUUAAAGCCAGUUAUUGCAUUUGAUUGUGCUGAAAUUAGGGAGCGAGAUUGGUGCAAUGUGGUUACAUGCCAUAUGGAUACUGAACAGGCAUAUGUGUGGAGACUUCAAAAUUUUGUGCUUGGGGAGCAUAUCUUGAGACCAUGUCCUGACAAUCCCACACCUGUGAAGGUCUGUACCAUCAGUGCUUGUGGUAACUUUGCUGUUCUAGGGACAGUAGGUGGUUGGAUUGAGAGAUUCAAUCUCCAAUCAGGAAUCAGUCGAGGUAGUUAUCUGGACAUGUCAAAAGGAACUGCUCAUGAUGGAGAAGUUGUCGGAGUUGGUUGUGAUUCUACAAAUACCUUGAUGAUAAGUGCAGGAUAUCAUGGAGACAUUAAGGUCUGGGAUUUCAAGGGACGUGAAUUGAAAUCUGGAUGGGAAAUCGGAUGUGCUGUGGUUAAGAUUGUUUACAAUCGUCUUAAUGGUCUUUUAGCCACUGUAACUGAUGAUUUGCUUAUCCGUUUAUAUGACGUCGUGGCAUUAAGAGUGGUUCGUAAAUUUGAAGGCCAUACAGACCGUAUUACUGAUUUGUGUUUCAGUGAGGAUGGCAAAUGGCUUUUAUCAUCCAGCAUGGAUGGGAGUUUGAGAAUUUGGGAUGUUGUCUUAGCAAGACAAAUUGAUGCUAUACAUGUUGAUGUGUCUAUCACAGCAUUGUCCUUGUCACCAAAUAUGGAUGUUUUAGCAACUACCCAUGUUGAUCAGAAUGGGGUUUAUCUGUGGGUUAAUCGGUCAAUCUUCUCUGGAGCUUCAAUUGUGGAUUCCUUUGCAAGCGGGAAGGAAAUUGUAAAUGUAAGGUUGCCGUCCAUCUCAUCUAUGGAUGGAUCUCAAACUGAAGAUUCUGAUGAACCCGUUGUUGACAAACCUGUUUCAAAAGAUGCUUCUGUUUCUGCAACUUUCAUUAAGCGGAUACCAGAACUAGUUACUCUUUCUCUAUUGCCAAAAAGCCAAUGGCAAAGCUUGAUCAAUUUAGACAUUAUAAAGGUUCGCAAUAAACCAAUUGAGCCUCCUAAAAAACCUGAGAAGGCUCCUUUCUUCCUGCCUUCGAUUCCAUCUCUUUCUGGAGAGAUAUUAUUCACGCCUAGUGAAGCUAAUGGGGAUAAUGAUGCAAAAGACAAUAAACUGGAAAAGAAUGAGAAGAAAUUUGAUAUGCCACCAUCUCCAUUUUUGCAACUUCUUCAGUUCUCUGCAGAGAUGAAAAACUUUUCAGCAUUUACUGAUUAUAUUAAAGGCUUGUCUCCUUCGGCUUUGGAUAUGGAGCUUCGGAUGCUUCAAAUCAUAGAUGAUGAGAAUCACCAAGAGCUUGAUAGGAGGCCUGAGAUGAUUUCAGUCGAACUAUUAUUGGAUUAUUUUAUUCAUGAGAUCUCCUCCCGGAACAACUUUGAGUUCAUACAAGCUGUUAUCAGGUUAUUUCUGAAGAUACAUGGCGAAACAAUUAGAUGCCAAUCAAAAUUACAGGACAAGGCAAAGAAGCUCCUCAAAAUUCAAUCCGAUAUAUGGCUGAGAAUAGAUACAUUGUUUCAAAGAACAAGAUGCGUGGUUACUUUCCUCAGUAAUUCACAAUUUUAAGUGCUCCCAGGGGCAGAUAUUUUGCAAGUUAAAUGAAAAUUUUGAGCCAACAUGAUUACACUUUGACCGAUCAAAUGAUAAUUUGACUAGCUUUGCCAGCCAAUGUAGAUCAGAUGUAUUUCAUCCCUAAACCCCAUAUAUUACUGGUUGAACACGUAGAUCAGAUGGAGAGACCUGGUCCGCAGAGAUGCAGAGGAGAUGCCUCAUCAUGGAAUUUGGGUUGUAUCAUCUCUAUUGUCCCCAUUACUUAUUAGUAAUUUAUUCACCUGCUAUAACCAAUAGACAUUCUCAAUUCUCAUAUGUAGUAUUUUAUUUGGAUGUUAAUUGGAGAUCCAGCGGACUUGAUUUGAUUGUUUCUAUAAAAUUAACAUCAGUGUUUUUUUUUAG